AUGGAGAGGUCAAGGUCCUGCACAGAGAAGAGCGGCAGCAACAACACCCCAGCCAGCGCCGUCAGCGAGCUGAGGUGCUACAGUUCUUCCUACGUCACGCCCAAGAAGGCAGCCGGCACCACAUGGCCGUCUCCUGCAUCUUCUUCCAUUUCCUCGUCGUCGGCGGCGGCGACCGGUUCGAAGGCGAAGACGUGGAGCGGCGGAUUCGUUAGUGCCCCGGCGGAGCUGCGGCGGAAGGGGAGGGUGGCGGGGUACAGGGUGUACGGCGCGGAGGGGAAGGUGAAGGUGUCGCUGAAGAACGGCGUGAGGUGGCUCAAGGGCAAGUGCACCCAGGUGGUGGACGGCUUGUGGUGA